AUUAAUAAAAUAUCCAUGUCCAAAAACCAAACUCAAAUAUGUUUGAAAAGCAACCAUCAAUUUGCUUCGCAUCGACUUAAAUCGAUACGAAGAACCUAUCCCUCUUCUCACGCUGUCUAUAGACAAACCAUUACUACCUCCACCAUUUACGCUGAAAGAGAAAGAAAAAAAUGAAAGAACUUGGUAGUUGUAAAUCGAAUGAUUCGCAGAAAAAACAGAGAGGAAGAUCGAAGAAGCAGAAAUCGACGUUUAAACUAUUCACCAAGAACAGCUGGCCGAAGGUAAUGAUAUCUCGCAACAGUAUCAUUAACAAGAAGAUCAGAGAUUCCUCUGGAUCUUCAAGUUUGUCGUUUCUUGAAGAAUCUUCGAGCGAGCUGCAAGGAACGGAAGAAAAAGAUGCCUGUCAUAUGGAACAUUUAUAUCGUGAUGAAAAUGUCACGAAUUUCAAGGAAGAAUUGGAUGUUUGUUUGAUCAGUAGCUCCAGCGAAAUUCAAGGAAGUCUUAAAGUGAGCGAGACUUCGAGAGGAAACGAGAAGGCUUUGAAAACGUCCGAUGGGGCGGUCGAAGAAAAUGAUUUUGAUUGCGCGUCGAAAGAAAGUGUAAUCUCUGAUACACGGGAACAACAGACGCCUAUUUUCGUUGAUUUAACAGCUGAUGAGAAAAGCACGUGGAAACAAACGAUUUUGAAGCGAUUCUGUAAUGUAAAGGCAGACAUGACCAAUGAAAAGGAAGAUGAGAACGAGAAGUGCACUAGGAACAUCGCAUUAGAACCUCGAAUUAUAAUAGCAGAUAGUUCAAGCAAAUUAAUUUGUAAUGGAAACAACAGUUUAGCAACUGCUUUACGAGACCGUGGGUCAUGCUUCAUACCGGUACAACCAAAUCGUUCUUUACCUAUUCUUCCGGCACCAUCCGUACCUACGAGAUUCAUUCGAAAAGAUUCAUCAUCUCUCAUCUUACCAAAAUCUACCGUAGACGUAGUAGAAGUAGAAUUAAUGAAAUCAAACAGUACAUUGUUGAAUAAGAAAGAUAUUAUUUCUAAAGAACAAAUAGCAUCAAAAGAUACCGUAAGCUCGAUGGCUUACUUUGUUCCACAAAUUUCGAGCGUGGAAAGUCUGAGUAUGAUAAAGAAAAGAAAUGAUAAUGACAUGGAACACGAGACUAAUGUUAAAGAAAGAAGGAAGAAAAAAAAAUCGCAGGAAGCAAAUUCUAGACAAAAUAAAGAGGAACGUAUGGAAAGUUCGAUUAAAGAGUUCCUAACAAAUUUCUGUGGCUCGAAUGCAACUGAAGGCGUACAGAAUCUUUGUACCGACAAAUGCGUUAGAGCUGCCUCCACGACGAAAGGAGACGAAAAAAAUGGAAAUAAAUUGGUUCCUCCGUUGAGACUGAAGAAAGUCGUGCAUACAGAAACAGAGAGAUACAACGAUUCUCAAAUCGUCACGGGAUCGGAACACGAAUCAAACUAUAGAAUCAUCACAGACACAGCGUCCCAAUCACCACCUAGUCCAAAUUCUAAUAACUGGAACGAUAUACUCUUCGAGAAAGAUACAGAUUUCACCACUUUAAAUACCGAUAACUAUAAACUAAAGUACAGGCGAAAUAGACUAAAACAGAAACUGUGUGAACUACAAAGUAAAGCUUUGGAAUUAGCUAAACAAAUGGCUAGUGACUCGAACUCUCAGCAAAAUAUCAGACUAAGGCAAGUGAUGAAUCGUUACGAGAAGCAAAUAGAAAAUCUAUCAAAAUUACAUAACAGACUGUCUGCAGCCCUCUCGAUCUCUAAGGAAGUGAUUAAUGAAAAUAAUGAUAGCAUGAAUUCUUCUGAUAACAAGUGUCCAUGUAUAAAUUUAAACGAGAGGAACACAGAUUUUUCAGUGAAUAACAGUUCUCCGAUGUCAUCACCUGAACCACCUAAAUUGUCACCACGAUCAUCUCUGGAUUGUCAUAGUAUUCUACCAGAAGAGGUUCGAAAUAGUCCACCAAUUUUGCCAAAGAUAUGUUUAACUAUCUCGUCGAGUCAAGACUCGGUGGAAGAAGAGCUACAAGUCGUUGAAAGGAAAGUUUGGCCUGUGAACGAAGAAUUGAUAAAAUCAACGUUUUCUACAGAUCCACUUCCUGAGGAUUUAACUGAUUCCGUGGACAAAGAUCCUCCAGAUAUUGAGAAACACGUGCAGACUAUGCCUGUAGUCCAUAAAAAUAAUAUCAAUGUCGAUAUAGAAAGUUCUAAUUCUAGUGUAAAUAAGAGGGCUUUCAAUCAUUCGAACAAGGUUACUCAAUCACCAGAGAACAACCAUGCGGCUCGGGAAAAGAAAGACGAAAGAAAUAAAUCGACCAAAGGGUUUUCUCAAUGUCGUCUUGUGAUCCAAGAACCAGAAAAAAUCAAGUGUUUGGAGUUUCCGGAUGUUGGACCCAUAAUAAGUUCUGUAGCUAAUUGCGUGGAAAUACCAACAACUGUUCAAGGAAACAAAUCGUUUGAGGUGAUAUCUGCCAAACAGUUCUCUUCGUCAAGGGAUCAUACACUACAACCUAAUUUUUAUGAAUCCAAUCGAGAGGAAGUACCAUUUUCGACAAAUCAUGAAGACAGUAUAAAUUCGCAAAAGGUUUCAUCGAGUUCGGGUCAGCCAACUCAAUUUGAUUCUUCACAAACGAUGUUGAAUCAGGAAAAGCUCACGUAAGUUAAAUGAAAAAUUAAUAUAUUUUAUUAUCUAUAUUUUUACCUUACAUUUUAUGUAUACAGGUUGCGACAGAGCCGUAAAGGAGAAGAAAUUCUGGCUGAUUCUGUACAGAAGAGUAGUGGGAAUCAUUCUAUAACUGAACAAUUUCCUACUCUUGGUAACUGGUUCGCUCGAAUGUCGAAAAAGCAAGCCUCAAUAACCAAACCCAAAUUACAAGCCACAGAAAAUGUGCCGUUUGUACCAGGAGAAAACACUACACGCCAAAUUUCUGGGUCUGAAAUACCAAAGAUGGUAGGACCUAAUAUCAACAAUCACAUAAUAAAUCCAACGCCUCAACGUGGUACAGAGAAAUGGCAAUAUCAUCAGCAACAACAACUACAACAUGUUGCGGCAUCCGUGACUCUUUCGCAACCUGUUGCAGCAGUUCCUCCUUUACGACCUGGAGCUUGUCCACCACUUCCUAUGACUCAAUUUUACCCGAAUAACUACGCUAUCGAUCCUUACAACAGUGCUGCCUUAAGUUAUCAUCCACCAAUUUGUCCUUACGGUCCUUAUCCAUAUCACCCACGAUUACACUCGGGUUCCUUACCAUUUCAUUUACCUGUGCAAGAAAGCUUGCGAUCAAUGCACCAUAUGGAUAAACGUUUCCCCAUAAUACAAGAUCCAGUUGUGAGGUAUCCUUCACCAUCGACAAACACUCUACAGCAUUCGGGUAAUUUGGAGUUUGAUCGUCUUCGAGGAAACUCUACCACUAACAACAUUGGUACCACAACUUGUUUACCAUCGUUAUUUCUAUCACCACCGUCCUUAUCAACUUCUCAUCAGACCCUGCCUCGAAAUUCUUUAAUUGGCUAUUCGACAAACAAUCAAUUUUCUCGGAACAGAAUGAUACCGGAUGUUGUUGCCGCAGCAGCAGCCGCUGCUGUUGUCGCUGCUGCUUCCUUUGAUAGGCAACGAGAUACGUUGACUUAUAAUAGAACUGAGACGGAUGCAUUAUCGCCUACUGGUAUUCCAAAUGUCAUUGACAGAGAACCACCUCACGUAUCGGGCGCUACUAGAUCAAUUAUUAAUCGUGACGUAACUAAUUUAACUCAAGAUAGUAAUUUUAACAAAGAAAGUCAUGAAAACACUAAGUAUCAACAAAUGCAAAAUUUUGUAUUCGACCGAUUAGCAUUUGUGAAAACCACGGAUAAUUUUGCGCAAACAAAUUCAGUUAUUAAUAAUGAUGCGCAGUCGACGAUGACGUCUAUUGUUCCAACAGCACAAUAUCGAAUGCCAUUAAUUCCUUCACAUGCACAAUCAUCGAAAAAUGUAUUAGAAACUGAAGCUAGGAAUUGCGAGACACCGCAUCUAGGUAAAGUGAAUCGUAGUCCGAAUAGUUCACAUAAUCUCACAUGUUCAAAUUGUGGUAUUAUCGGACCAAAGUUUAAAUGUUUAGGAUGUGAAAUGGCCUUUUAUUGUGAUGAACGGUGCCAAGAGAAACAUUGGUAUGUCCACGUACAAAGAUGCCCAAAGAAAAUGCCAAAAUUAAAGAAAGUCACAUAAAAUUAAUUAGGUUAGAAAUAUAAAUUUCGGAAUAUUGAUUUGAUGCACAAAACGUAUUUUAUGUGGAGUAAAAAAGAUAUUUUUCUAUAGCUUUUUCAUACAAAAGUAAACGUAGUUUUCAAAUGUAGUAUCAUAUAAUAAUACAACAAUAACAAUAAUAUAUAUGUUUAACAUUUAAUAAUAUAACUUUGUUGUGCAAUAAGACUGGUAUACUUCGUAUCAUACACAUCUAAUAUAGUAAAGCAUUACUACAUUCGCACACAUAUGUACCUGAUACAUGUUUAAUAAAAAAAUUUAGCUUAAUUACU